GUGUGAUGGGUGUGCUGUUAUUGCCGCUUCUCCUGGGGGUCCUCGCCAUCCUGCCCAUCCUGCCCCGCUGGGGGAACUGCGCUAACCCCGAUGAUGAUAAACUUUUGGUCCUAACUGUUGCCACUGAGGAAACGGAUGGCUUAAGGCGUUUCCAAAGAUCUGCGCACUCCUUUAACUACAAAGUGAAGGUUUUGGGACUAGGAGGACAAUGGCUUGGAGAAGGACAAAAGGUCCAGCUCAUGAAGUUGGCUCUGGAGCCAUAUGCAGACAAAGAGGAUCUAAUUAUCUUGUUCACGGAAAGUUAUGAUGUGAUUUUUGCAGCUGGACCCGGAGAACUCUUGAAAAAAUUUAGACAAGCCAAGAGUAAGGUUGUUUUCUCAGCAGAAUCUGUAGCUUAUCCUGACCGGCAUUUAGAGUCAAAGUAUCCUGUGGUUCCAGAGGGUAAACGGUUCCUCGGAUCUGGAGGAUUUAUAGGUUAUGCUGCAUAUCUGUAUAAGAUGGUAGCGGAUUGGGAUGGAACAGAUAAAGACAGUGACCAACUCUUUUAUACAAAACUCUUCCUAGAUCCUGUUAAAAGGGGAAAGGUUAAUAUAACCUUAGAUCACAGAUGUCGGAUUUUCCAGAACCUCUAUGGAUCUGCAGAGGAUGUUGUCCUGAAGUUUGAGCAUGGUCGUGUAAGAGCUAGAAACCUUGUAUAUGAUACUCUUCCAGUCUUGAUUCAUGGAAAUGGUCCAACAAAGCUUCAUCUGAACUAUCUUGGUAACUACAUUCCCCAUGUAUGGACUUUUGAGUCGGGGUGCAAUGUCUGUGAUGAGGGCCUGAGGAAUUUGGAAAGUCUUUCGGUUGAUACUCUUCCAUUGGUAGUAAUUGGCAUCUUCAUUGAACAGCCAACACCAUUUGUCUCUGAGUUUUUUAAGCGACUGAACAAUUUAAAUUAUCCAAAAAACCGAAUCCAGCUUUAUAUCAGCAAUCAUGAGCCUCAUCACCAGAGACGGGUGGAAAAUUUUCUGCAGGACCAUGGUACACAAUACAACUUUGUUAAAACUGUGGGGCCAGAGGAAAACUCGGACUUUGCUGAUGCCCGUAAUAAAGGAAUGGAUAUGUGCCGGCAAACUCCAGAGUGUGAAUAUUACUUCAGUAUUGAUGCCCCGGUAGUGUUGAAAAACCCCAACGUUCUUCGAAUCCUCAUAGAACAAAACAAGUCUGUAAUUGCCCCCUUGGUAAGCCGAAAUGCCAACUUGUGGUCAAACUUUUGGGGAGCCUUGAGUUCUGAUGGAUAUUAUGCUCGAUCUGAGGAUUACAUAGACAUUGUUCAAAGACAAAGAAUUGGAGUCUGGAAUGUCCCUUAUAUCUCCAGUGUUUAUUUGGUGAAAGGAAGCAUUCUGAGAUCUAAACUAAGUCAGAAUGAUAUGUUCCACAGUGGUACCUUGGACUCUGACAUGGUUUUCUGUGAUAAUGUCCGCCAACAGGGAAUCUUUAUGUUUGUUACAAACAGACAGGAAUUUGGCCACAUCCUUUCCUUGGAGAAUUACAAAACAACUCAUCUUCAUAAUGAUCUUUGGGAGAUUUUUGAAAACACAGAGGACUGGAAAGAAAAAUAUAUUCAUCCUAAUUAUUCAGAAGCAUUAAAAGGGAAAUUAGUUGAAAUGCCCUGCCCAGAUGUGUACUGGUUUCCUUUAUUUACGGAGACAACCUGCAAUGAGAUAGUAGAAGAAAUGGAGAACUUUGGCAAGUGGUCAGGUGGUGGUAACAAGGAUGAAAGGCUCCAAGGUGGCUAUGAAAAUGUCCCUACAAUAGACAUUCACAUGAACCAGAUAGACUAUGAAAAAGAAUGGCACAAGAUACUAUUAGAUUUUAUUGCUCCAUUAACUCAGAAAAUGUUUCCAGGCUACUAUACAAGCGCACAGUUUGACUUGGCUUUUGUUGUUCGAUACAAACCAGAUGAACAACCAUUACUUGAGCCUCAUCAUGAUGCUUCCACCUUUACUAUUAACAUUGCUCUGAACAGUGUUGGACAAGAUUACGAGGGAGGUGGCUGCAGAUUCCUCCGAUACAACUGCUCUGUAAGAGCCCCAAGGAAAGGCUGGGCUUUGAUGCACCCAGGGCGACUGACUCAUUACCAUGAGGGACUACGUGUAACAAAAGGAACAAGAUACAUUGCAGUCUCCUUUGUGGAUCCUUAAUUGUCCAUUUCAUAUAAAAUAACUUGUAACUGACAAAGUAAUCAGAGAACUUGAAUGAUAACAUAUUCAGAAAAGUCCAGUUUCAGGAGCUUCCAUGUGGAUAACUAGAACAUUGUUCUUUUAAAAAGGAGUGGUUCACCUUUCAGUUCACUUUUAGUAUGUUAUAGAAUGGCCAGUUCUAAGCAACUUUUCAAUUGGUUUUAAUUAUUUAUUUUGUAUAGUUUUUGACUUGUUUGCUUUCUUUUUCUGACUCUUUUCCCUAUUUCAUAUGGAGUCACGGACCCCAUUUAAAAUGCUCUGUGAAACUGCAAAUGUAUUGCUAUUGUUACUUUUUAUUACUCAUGUUUCUAUUUGGGCCUUCUCCCAUUCAUAUCCCAGUCUCUUAUUCAACUCAAUGCAUGGUUGCUAAAGUAAUUUGCACUCUGGCAACCAGAUUGCUAAAAUAACUUAAAACCACAAAUAAUAAAAAAUUAAAACCAA